AUGUGAGGGGCCAUGGGGGGUGUCAGGGGAGUAUGAAAGGACUUGAAGUCGGCCUGGGGGCAGCAAGGGGCUUGGGUUCUGGGGCACAAAAGGAUUUCGGGCAGGGUGUGAGGUUUGGGUGGGGGGAGGCUGGCUGUGCACAUAGGGGCUGUUUGUGUUCCCUUCUGUGCAGUGGAGCCAUCAUGGCUGGAGCUGGGGCCGUGACAUCACAGUGGUGCUGGGGUUGGGGGAGCCACAUCCUGCAUUCUGACAUGAGUGGUACUGGGGUUUAGAGGCCAUGUCCUCUGCUGGACUCCAACUUAAGUCCCCUGCAGGACAGGGGAAUAGGCCAACCUGCUUGGCACAGAGGAGGAAGAGCCACCCACAGCUCUCCUCAGGCUGCCAUGGGACAAUGUGACCCAGAGAGCAGCACUGCAGGCACACAGCCCCUCAGACAGGGACAGCACUUGAGCAGGGUACACUUCAGCCACCCCACGGCCCAGGAGGCUGGGGACAGGGGUACAGUGGGGCAUCCUGGGACUGUGCGGUGCAGCUGGGACACUGGCACAAGGCUCAGCAGGUCGGAGACUACCCUCUCAAGGGCCCGAAGGUCAGGUCAGAGGCAGGCAGGUCAGUGCUUUCUACCUCUCCGUGCCUGCCCUGUGGGACUGGGGACGUGGGGACAGUGGGCUCAGACAGGGCUGUCCUCACAGGGCAUUCAGCAGCCACCACCACCAGCCACCAGGUUGGCUGCCAGCGCUUGCUUAACCUUGAGCAGCUCAAGAAGGCCAAGCUGUAUGUGGAGAUGGCCAUUAAGGUGAGGGACUUGAUUUCACACUCCUCCAAUGCCACCUGCUUGCAUUUAUUGCAUUUCUGGCUCAGGAGAGUUGAGCCAGAAGAACCAGGACUGGGGCAGGCUGAGCCCACUGGUCUCUGCACAGGAGAAGAAGAUCUUCAUGGUACAGGGCCCCUACCCCAUCAUCCGCCACCUGCUGCGAGCCCGGGGCUGGGUGGAGAGGAAGGUGCCCCGCUCGGGCAGGCAGCUGGAGCAGCACUGCAGUGACCAGAACAAGCAGCGGCUGCAGACAGGGCCAGGUGAUGGCCGUGGUAGGCAGAGGGAGGUGCUGCUGCACCCACGUGGGGGGGCACAGCCUUUUCUGGGGACCCCAGACCCCCUGCACUACCCAUGGCUACCUGCUGAGAAGGAGGAAGAGCAGUGUGAUGAGGACCCCAACGGCAUCCAUGACCUCAUGUCCUACCUGGCACGGGACCAGCUGCCAAACUUCGUCUGGACCAACUUCCUCGAGGCCACUGACCGUCAGCUGCUGCAGGAGGAUAUCAUGCUGAACCACUAUGCCCAGGUGGACGCGUUCACCACCAAGGAGGGGCUGUGCCUCAGCCUACAAAACCUGCCGUGGAUUGAGCAAGCUGACCCCAACACCUUCUUCCCCCGGUGCUACCGGCUGGCGACCACAGAUGAUCGAGAAGCUUUCAUUGAGGACUUCCGCCUGACAGCAGCACGCAGCCUGCUCAAACUGGCCCUGGAGGAGGCUGGGGACAGGCCAGUGAGGACUGAGCAGGUCCCAAACUCUGCCAGGGGGGAAGCACGGUCAGGCUCCCCCCUGUACCCUGAGCUGGUGGAGGAAGCCCUGGAGGUCUGUAAGCAGCACCUGGGUGUUCUGCACCAUGAGGACAUCGACAGGAACACCCCAUCCCCCUGCAGGACAUGCAUUGAUUGGGACCACUUCCUGCAGCAAUACUACCACGUGGCACAUGAGGGGGCAGGGCUGGUGCUGACCAGGCAGCAGCGGAAGGAGUGCCAGAACCUGCUGCACAGCCUGGCAGAGAAGUUGCCCCAGCUUGACAUGGAGGGCAAGCUCAACGUGUGGAUCCUCAAGCCUGGUGCUGAAUCCCAAGGCAGGGGCAUCAUCUGCAUGACGCGGCUGGAGGAGAUGCUGCAGCUGGCAUGGAGCUGCACAGCACCCUCGGUGCAGGUGGGCAGAUGGGUGGUGCAGAAGUACGUGGAGCGGCUGCUGACCAUUUUCGGCACCAAAUUCGACAUCCGGCAAUGGUUUGUUGUGACUGACUGGAAGCCACUGACCGUCUGGUUCUACCAAGACUGCUACCUGCGCUUCUGCUCCCGGCCCUUCUCCCUGCAUCACCUGGAGCGUGCCAGGCACCUCUGCAACGUCUCUGUCCAGAAGUGGUACGAGACAUCACCAGACCAGGACCCCCGUGUGCCCCCCGACAAGAUCUGGUCAAACAAGCAGUUCCAGGAAUACCUGGCGCAGCUGGGGCAGGCAGAUGCUUGGCACAAGGUGCUGGUGCCCGGCAUGAAGGCGGCGAUCCUGAACGCUCUGCGCAGUGCCCAGGACCGGGUGCGCUUCCGCAAGGGCAACUUCGAGCUCUAUGGGGCCGACUUUGUUGUCGGGGAGGACUGCCAGCCCUGGCUCCUGGAGAUCAACUCCUGCCCCACCAUGAGCCCCUCUUCAGCAGUGACCAGAAGGCUCUGUGCCAAUGUCCAGCGGGACACGCUGUGCCUCGUGCUCGACCGCAAGGACAACCCCACCUGCUCCAUUGGAGCAUUUGAGCUCAUCUACAAGGAGGCAGCUGUGCCCAAGACUCUGUCAGCACGUGUGAAGCUGAUGGUCAAAGGCUGUUCCCUGAAGAACCUCCAGUCAGCACAAGAGGAAGCCCAGGACAAGCCCCCCAUCCCUGUGGCCAAUAGUCUCCAUGACCCCGUGUCUCCAGAGCCCAGAGCCACCCAUGUAGCCAAACGAGCAUGGGAUCAAUUCCCUACCAUGGUGCCCAGUGCCUUCAAGUCCUCUGUGUCCCCCAGGGGCAGAACCACCCAGGUGCCCCGGAGAUCACGGCAUCGAUCUCCUGCCAUGGUGCCCAGUGCCUUCAAGUCCUCUGUGUCCCCCAGGGGCAGAACCACCCAGGGGACCCAGCCCAGAGCAGCAGCAAAGAAGCUGCCUCCUCUGGAGCAACAGAGCCACUGCCCUUCCACCCGCUCUGACCCCCCAGCACCACCAAAGCCUCGGGGCUCCUCUGCUGGGAGGCAGGGGCUGCCACGGCUCAGUCACCUGCCCCAGAUCACUGGCUGUCCCCUGGAUUGGGUGCCGAUGCCACCACCCCGGGGAACCCCCAGAAACCCCUGGCUAGCCCCGGGUUGUGCACGCUCCUUCCCUCCUGCCAAGACCCUGCAACAGCCUCUGUCUGCACAGAGCACCAGAACCUCGCGCCUGGAGCACAAGGACACAGCAGCUCCCAAUGGGAGGCAGAAGACUUGGGACACUGAGACACGCCCAGGAGUGGACAGCUCCCUGCCUGUCCUUGCUGAGCCAACGCUGGCUGCCUCUGAUCCCAAAGAGCUCUCACUGCUGUGCCGUGGUACUCAGCUCCUCCCGCGCUUUAAUAUAAUUCUGUGAUAAGGA